AUGGACCAAACAUAUGAAGAAUGGCGACAUUUGAUUGAAGGCCUGGGUCAAGGGACAGGAAAACGACAACCUCCGACCUUGCGCAACAUACUUCCAUCAACCCCGUCCAAUACCUCACUAAUUCCACACCUUGAGGGCGUCCACCAUGUCUUCGCACAAGCACUAAACGUCGAUAUACGUUUAAUGAUUUGGCCACAAAGCUGGUUCCCAGGGGAUGAGCGACUGAGCCCUAUGCAGCUCCGGCCUUGGAUUCAAUUUCCUCAACUCCAAGAAGAGAUGUGGGAUAAGAUCUUCAAUGCAUCCGAGUUUGUCAAUGCAAGUAUCUUCCCUCCGAACGUCUCUCUCCAAUACACUGCUCAGCUUCUGAAAUGGUACACGGUGGAUUCGGAAGACAGUAUGAAGCAAUUUGCACACAGAACGCUGGACGAUUUCCUCGGGUUCAUUAUUAAUUUUCUGGACUUUACGCCGAGUCUGAAAUACGCCUUUGGUGUUCGCGGAGAACUGAACUUUGACCGCCCGCGGCAUUGCUGUAUUUCUGUUGCGAAAUUCGGAUUCGAAGAGCCAGCAUACGCAGUCCUGUAUAUUCCGCCAUUUUGUCUGAGUUUGCCCGAGCUGGUUGCAGGAUUGCGCGCAAUAUCACCGAUAGAUGUCUUUGAUACCGAACCAAAUACAUUUGAGGAACAUGCCACCGCCAUAGUCGUCCGUGUGAUUGUUCGACUUUAUUCAAGAAUGGUUGGCGCUGGAAUUCGGUUUGGGUAUAUCUACACAGGAGAGGCCCUGGUGUUUGUUCACAUUCCCCGACAAGACAGUACUAUCGCCGAAUACUAUCUGUGUGUUCCUGGUCGAGAUGUUCUUUCUCAUGGUUAUGAUUUGAAUUCAAACUGGGUUCGCCGCACGGCUUUAGGACAAGUCCUCGCGUUCACACUACAAUCUUUAGCUGCCAGCCCACCACCGCACGAAUGGAGUGACGCAAUGUAUCAAACCUAUCGUCCACUCGAACGCGAUUACUCAAUGCUCAUGCCCCAGGCCCCAGAGGAUAUUCGAUGUCGUCCACCACCAAGGUGUAUAUAUGAAAAUUCAUUCUGGCCUGGAUUCUGGGUGAAUUUUCUGCAUGCAAACAUACAAACAAACGACGCUGAAAGCCCUGGUCUACAAACCUCCGAGCUAGAUAUUUCCAGGCCUUUUUGUACCCAAGAAUGCCUCCUCGGCACCUUUAACAAGGGUAUUCUGGAUGACAACUGCCCAAACGUUGCUGAGCACGGCAUGGGAAGACAUCAAAUCACCUCAGAGGAGAUCUGCAACAUGUUGAAUGAACAACUUCGAGGGGAUAGGUAUAGAGGCUUCCAGCAGCUGCACAUUGUUGGCCGAACCGGUUAUCUAAUAAAAGCAACAUUACGGUCUCAUGGGUACACGAUGUUGAUCAAGGCCACUAGCACCAGACAAUCGCGCAGGAUCAAAACCGAAUUGAGCAACUAUCAGAGUCUGAGAAAGUUGCAGGGAUCUCAAAUUCCUGUAUGUCUUGGGAUGUUUCAACCUAAGAUCCCGUAUUGGUAUCAUGGGAUUCGAAUGAGCUACAUGCUGCUCCUCAGCUGGUCUGGAAUACGAACGGAUGAACAUGCUACCCUCGAAACAACUCAGUACAUGGAACAGGAGAUGCGGAAGCUUGAGGAUAUACUCAAAGAACAUGGAGCUAUUCAGAAAGAUGCAGCCUUCCGCAACUUGCUGUGGAAUCCCAUUUCAGAAUGCUUUGUGAUGAUUGACUUGGAAGAUUUGAAGUGGGUGAAGGGGACUGCACAGGGGUCCGAGAGGCACCAAGGUGACGAGCAAGAAUUCAACACGGACUCAAUCCGGGAAUGUAGCAGCUAG